CCGACUCUCUCAAGAACUUCGCUCUUUCAGAUCCAACUAUCGCCAGGUGGCUGACGUACAUCUGGAUGGUCGACUUCGAUUUGGAGCGAAUUCCAGGGAACAAGAAUCGGGCGGACAGGCUGAGCCGAGUCGACUGGGACAAGAAAAAUCAAGGAGUGAUCGAGGAUACUCCACAAGUCGACGGGUUCUUGGACAGCGAGGAGGAUGUGAGACUUCACAUCAACUCCUGGGCAUUGGCCGUGGGUAAGUAUGUUACUCCUGGACGACCUGUAUGGCUUGCGCCUCCAAGACAUGCACGACGGUCAGACUUGGUCCUCAAGCCCUAUAUUGAAGAAGAUUCUUGGGGAGGGUCGGGCGUAGAUUGGAUGAUGGAGCUGGCAUUAGCAGGCAAGUACCAACUUCAUGAGGACUCACUUACGAUUGAGGAUGGGGCACUGCAGGUGGGCAAGCAGGAGAAGACGAUAGGUGGAGUGUACCUAUUGGCAAACGCGCUGCUUCAGGAGGAGGCAGUCAGGAAUACGGUGCUAGAUCAGGAAGAGGGGGUAGAGUCGGGGGAAGGCGACUAUGUGAUCCACGAAAGAGAAGAUGAUGACCUCGUCGAAGAGGGGAAGAUCAAGGAAGCGUUUCGAGCAGAGGAGUAUGAGGGAGUAUACCUUGAACUCGACAUGCUUCUUUCGUGCGAGAUGAGGGAAAGGGAUGCCUGCGCGCGAGUUCUGAAGAUGAGGCCUAGUUUCCUGGUGAGGGAUGACCAUCUGUUCAUGAGGAGCAAAGGAAGGGACCCCAGGAGAGUAGUCUGUGGCGUCGCUCGCCAGAUCGACAUUAUGGCGGCACUGCACGACGGUACGGCAGGUGGCCACAGAGGUGCGGAUACGACAUACCUGAAGAUCCACGAGUUGUACUAUUGGGAUGGCAUGUACCAUGCCAAGAACGGUCUGCUCUUAGACCUAGAGAGCCACUUCACCCAAGCACGACAGAUCGGAGCUAUUGAGGACAGGAUUGAGGAAGCGGCAAGUAGGACAGUGGACAGCCGUACCAAGGACAAGUUCCGGUGGGAUAAGAUGGCGAGGGUAAGAAAGGAGCCUCUCAAGGUGGGGGACGUUGUGCUAUUGUAUGACUCGUCCCUGGAGAAGCAGUGGUCUCGGAAGUUGGAUAAAAGGUGGUUGGGACCGUACAGGGUCACCGGGUGUGGUGAACAUGGUGCCUACCAGAUUGAGGAACUGAAUGGGACGGCAUGGAAGGACUGGGUGUCAGGCUCGAGGCUGAAGAAGUUUGUUGCUCGAGACGAGGUGAGCAGGGACCUCACCACUUAGAGUCAUCCUUUGAGUACUUCGGAUAUUGCUCUCAGUAGGAUAGCGUGAUAGGUAGUGAUUAGACUCACGCGUGUGUAUGAAUAUGUAUGCAUAUGUGUGGAUAGGUAGGUAAUUGGGAUAGUCAUGGGAGGGCUAUGUCUGUCUUCUGUUGUGUUUUGUCUGACAUCGCUUACCUUCUGUGUGCUUUUGUUCGUCCAGUCCUUGUUGUGCAGGCUUGACACCACUUGGGGCAACCCGACAAAGGACGCAGAUGAGGACCAGGAGAGAGGACUUGGACUUCCUUCUCUCUCUUCCGAGCCAGACACAAAAAACACAAAUUUGGUUGUGAUCUUCCCAUUUAUCAUCAUUCCAUCUGAACAAAAUGUAUCCUGUCAU